UCCAGACGGAGCAGAAGCCUACAGAAUUCUGCUUUCUAAUACUCUUUAAAAUAAAAAUAAAAAACUAAUAAAUAAUUAUUAUAUUUUCAUCCUUUUUAUGGAUUUGUUGCAGCUUUUAUCAUGGGCGUGCAUCGUGUUCACACUCGGGAUGUUCUCGACAGGAUUAGUCGACCUAAAGAAGAUGCAAACAUCCAAGAGCACCGACAACAUCCAAUUUCUGCCUUUCCUCACUACUUGUGUCAAUAACCUUGGAUGGUUAUGCUAUGGGAUGCUGAAGAAAGACCAUACACUUAUUGUGGUCAAUCUCAUUGGCGCUUUACUGCAGGCCCUUUACAUCAUCGUAUACUUGAAGUACACAAAGCAAAAGAGAGAGGUACUCUUACAAAUAGUUCCAGUCGGAGUGGUGGCGACCAGCGCUGGGUUGUACUUCAUGUUGUUUCUUCCUCGUGGCGACAUGCAACUCAACCAGCUCGGCCUCGUCUGCAGCGUGGCCACUGUCAGCGUGUACUUGUCGCCGCUUGCCGACCUGGUGGAUAUUGUGCGCAGUGGUAACGUACAGCGGCUGUCCUUCCCUCUGACAGUGGCUACAUUCUUCACCUCCACUUCCUGGUUCUUCUACGGCUUUCAAUUGGAUGAUAAUUACAUCAUGCUCCCUAACCUUCCUGGAAUCUUCACAAGCGUCAUCAGAUUCUACUUAUUUUGGAGAUAUGCCGCUGUCAGCCCUUCCUAUAAGUCCAUGCAGAUAUGACCACAUCAUAUACAAGUGCCAGCGGGUAACAGGUGGCAAUAAUGUCUACAUUUCAUAAAGCGGCACGAAAAGCCUUUAUUUUCCAAGGAUGUAUUCAAGAUUAUAUGGGGAAGAAAAACAUCUAGACUUGUCCCCUUCAAGUGCCUUCUCUUUGGUGCGAGGGACUACUGGGGACACCCUGAAAAGAAAGAUAAAUAGUAAACUUGAAAAAAUAAAUGUUUUUUUUUUUUAAACAAAAACAUAUGGGAAUAAUGUGGCAAUGUUAUUAAAAUAAUGUCGGAAUUUUUUGGAGUUAACCUCUGCCUCACGGUUUUGAGGAACAGGGUUCAAAUCCUGGCCUUACCUUUGUGGAGUUUGCAUGUUGUCCUCGUGGCUGUGUGGGUUUUCCCCGGACACUGCGGUUUCCUCCCACAUCCCUCCAUGUGCCCCCCCCACCCCAUCCCAAAAUUACGUGGAAAAAAAAAAUCAUAAGUGAAAAACUAUACUGCCCAUAAGUGUGAAUGGUCAUGUGUUGAUAUUUUCCCCGUGAUUGGCUGGCAACCAGUUCAGAGUGACCCUAGUGAGGAGAAACAGUAUGGAAAAUAGAUGGAUUGAUCUUUUGAGAAAAAAGGGAACCAAGUCAUCCCCCACCAUGAGAUUAAAGUCAGAAUUUAUUUUAUUAAACGCUUAGCUGUAGUCUUUUGAAAUUAAGGGAUAGAUAUUAAUAGAUGGCAGCACAGUGGCACAGCUGUGAAGCGCUGGCUUCACAGUUACGAGGACCCAGGUUCACUCCCUUCCCUCUCUGUGUGGAAUUUGCAUGUUCUCCUCGUGCCUGUGUGGGUUUUCUCCGGGCAGUCCGGUUUCCUCCCAUAUCCCAAAAACAUGCAAUAUUAAUUGGACACUCUAAAUUGCCCCUACGUGUGAUUGUGAGUGUGACUGUUGUCGGUCUCCAUGUGCCCUGCGAUUGGCUGGCAACCAGUUCAGGGUGUACCCUGCCUCUUGCCCGUUGACAGCUGGCAUAGGCUCCGGAACUCCCGUGACCCGUGUGAGGAUAAGCGGCAAAGAAAACGGAUGGAUUGAUUUUAACAAAUUAAUCCCAAUUCUCACAAAAAUUUCACACUUCACGUAAAAUUAUAACUUUCUUACACUUCGUGCUAAGUGAAAAUAAAUAGCAGUACUGUAUAGCUUGUAAAGUUAGCACAUCAUUGAAAAGAGUGUUGUUAACAAUCCUGCCAAAAUUGAAAUGAUUAAAAAGAUAGCCAGGGAUGUAAAAUGACUUAAGUGAGGCUUCAAAAUCGUGAAAAUAUCGGUCAUCGGCUCAGCGUCUCCUCUGAAUGUGCCUGAACUCUGCCCCCUUCUCUACCUACUACGUGUAAUGUCUUUCUCAUCGCUACAAAUCCCUCCACGUUUGAGCCGUGAAAAUUUAUCUACUUAAUGCCUCCGAUGGUUGCAAUACAUCCCAGCAAGUCGUCGCCAGGCUUUCUGCACCCUGACUCGCCAUCCGCUGGCUUGUGAGCUAACAGCCUACCGGAGUCUCCUCAGAGCUCUCACUUCCCUGAAAGUCAGCCAUUGUGUACCCACAAUGCUCUGUGUAACACAAAAUACAAAACAUUACGCAGUUUAAAUAACCUGACUCAGCUGUUAUAUAAGUGUGUAGGCAUAGUUAAGUUGCAAAUUGCAUACUGUAGAAGUGGAAGUCAUGUACAUGGAACAUUCAUUCAUUCAUUAUCCUCACCGCUUAUCCUCGCUAGGGUCGCGGGAGCACUUGAGCCUAUCCCAGCUAUCUUUGGGCAGGAGGCGGGGUACGCCCUGAGGGUAUCGCCAGCCCAUCACAGGGCACAUAGAAACAAACAAGCAUGAGCACUCACAAUCACGCCGAAGGGCAAUUUUUAAACGGUACAGGGAGUUCAAUACAUAGUGAAACUAAGAAAUGCAGUACACACACUCUGAGUUUAACAUUUAUUUUUUUUAGUAUAUAAUGCUGUGAAAAACUAUUCUCCUCCUUCCUAAUUUCUAUUUUUGUAUUUUUAAAUCCGUGUUGCAUAUGUUUGAAGUCAUCAAACUAAUUUUAUUAUCACUGAGAGACAACCCAAAGAAAUACAAAAUGCAGUUUUCAAAUGACAAAUUUAUGAAGGCACAAAAAAAAAAUCCACACCUUUCUGACCCACUGUGAAAAGGCAAUUACCCUUUUGAACCUAAUAACGGCUUUUGCCACCCUUGGCAUCAAUAACUGAAAUCGAUGAUUGGUGAGGAGUCAUCACUCUGGAGGAAUUUUGUCCCACCAAAGAAUCCCAAGUUGAUUUAAAUCUGGUCUUUGACUUGGCCACUCCAAAACCUCAUUUUUAUUAUUAUUUUAUUUAUUUAUUUUUUUUAAUUAUUUUUUUUUUUUAGCCAUUCAGAGGUGUCCUUACUGGUGUGUUUUGCAUUAAUGUCCUGCUGAAUGGUCCAAGAGCACUUGAGUUUGAGAGCACGAACCGAUGGCAGGAUGUUCUCCUUCAGGAUUUUCUGGCACACAGCAGAAUUAAUUGUUUGAUUAACCACAGCAAGUUGUCCUGGUCCUGAGGAAGCAAAGCAGCCCCGGACCAUCACACUGCCACCAUCAUGCUUCACUGUUGGCAUUAUGUUCUUUUUAUCAAAUGCUGUGCCACUUUUUACACUGGAUGCAUACCAUCCAAAAAUCUAUUUUUUUUUACGUCAGGCCGCAGAAUGUUUCUCCAAAACUCUUGAGCAUCGUCCAGAUAUUUUUUAGCAAUAUUAAGAUGAGCCUUUGUAUUCUUCACUGACAGCAGGGUUUUUUACCUGGGUACUCUCCCAUGGAUGCCAUAUUUGGCUUUUGUCUUUCUUAUGGUAGAGUGAUGAACACUGAUCUUAACUGAGGCCAGCGAGGCCUGCAGAUCUUUGGAUGUUGUUGGAGGUUCUUUUGUGACAUCCUGUAUGAGUCGUCAUCACAUUGCUGGAGUAAUUUUAGUUGGUCGUCCUCUCCUGGGAAAGUUUGCCAUUUUUCACAGUUUUCUCUAUUUGUGGAUAAUGGCUCUGACAGUGGUUUGCUUGAGCCCCAAAGCCUUGGAAAUGUUUUUUUUAACUGUUUCCAGACUGGAUUUUUCUUUCAUUUCAUUUUUAAUUUCUUAGGAUCAUGACAUGAUCCAUUGGUUCUUGAGAUCUUGUACCCAAUUCCGCAUUCUCUGAUAGAUUCUAUUUAAUUGAUUUUUUUUUUUUUUAUUAAUCAAGUAUGGUGGUAAUCAGGGUUGUGUGUGGCUUGUGAAAUUGUAGUCACCUCUCACAAAUUUGUAGUUAGUCAGUGACUUUGUGAUUUAACAUGGAGUGGGAGAUUAGUUUUCCACAGAGAGUUGGAAAGGUUUGGAUUUUUAAUUUGUGUCUUAAUAUUUGAAUUGUCAUGUGAAGACUGCAUUUUGUAUUUCCUUGGGUUGUCUCUGGGUGAUAUUCAAAUUAGUUUGAUGAUUUGGAAUCUUUGUUCCAGAAAUCAGGAGGGAGGCACAUUGUUUUUCACAGCAGUCAACUAUGAAGAUAUUUUUUCAUGUAGAAAUUCGCUCUCUCAUAAAAAACCAUUAAACCAUGUUUUUAAUGACUCAAUAUAAUGAGUGAAUAUUGAUAUAUAUAUAUAUUUUUUUUAAAUCAAAUUCUAUUGUAAUGAGAAGGACAUGGCAGGUGACACAUGGUGGUCUCCCACCUACGUCACCGGGCAGCUAAAGUUUUAUUUAAUGGGUGAGAGCCGGCUCAUGUUGGACGACAAAGUGUAUCAAUGUUCCCCAUUGUAGCCAAGCCCCAAAAAAAUGUGGAAAACUGCAAUGUUGAAAAACUUCUUUAACACUAUAGCGCCAGAAUUCAUUGCUCCGGAAUUCUCGGUCUUUGCACAUACUUUUAGCAGUUAUCUUUAAACUUGUUUGUUGUAAUUACAAAUAUUUCUCUGAAUUCACUUUGCAGUGUUUUUAUUUACUGCUUUUUUAACUAUACUGAGCAUACUUCUCUCAUGAGAUUAGGACUUUUUCUCAAUAUUAAAAAAAAAAAAAAAUCAGGAUUUGGAGUGUAAAAAGGUUUCUGUAAAAAAAAAAAAAAAAAAAAAAAGCAUUAUCUUCUUUUAAAUUACUUAAACUUAUUUUCCCCAAAAUGCAAUUGUGUUUUCCAGGAAAGUACUAUUUUAUUCUUUCAUUUAAAAAAAGGGAAUUUAUUUGGUUAAGAUGACAACUUUUGUCCCAAGAAAGUAGUUUUAUUCUUAAAAAAAAAAAAAUCUAAUUUCUUGUCGCCAAACAGAGAGCAUUUUCCCAUAACAUGUUUACAUUCCAUUGUAUAUUUUUUCAUUUCAGUCUGUUUUCAAUACUUGUGUGUAGUGGUUCUUCUUUAAAAAAAAAAAAAAGUGGUAUUUUCUGAGCUGCCAAGAUUUUCAAAUGUUCCUAUCUAAUGAGAUUUCAGUGAAUUGGAUUGAAUUCUUUUCUAAAGUCCAAAGAUUUUGUUGUUUACAGGCUGCUAUACUGAAAAUAGGGUACUCCUGUGGAGCAUUUUCUUUCUUCUGUCUUCUAUCGGAAAAAAAUAUUUUUCUACUCUAUUACUUCUUGUACUUGUCAUUAUUAGACAACAUAUCAGUAAGUUGUUGGAGUUUUGUAUUUUUUUUUCCGUUGCUGACUGUUUACAUUGGCUAUUUUUGCAAGCUUUCUGAGAGUUUGUGUGAAGUCUUUUUAAAAAGGGGCAAAUAAGACCUAAGAAUGAAUAAA